AGAGGUGCCACGAACGCGGCAGCGUCUCCUCUACGUUGAUGUCUGGACGCUUCAUUCACGGUGUGACGGUCUUUGUAGAUGCCGCUGUGGGGAUGAUAUGAAUGUUCGAUGAAGUCAUGCGGGUGAGGUCCUUAAUGAUGGAAUUGGCGCCCAGAUAACGAAUCACGAGAACCCUCUCCAUCAGGGCAUUGCGAUCUUGGAAUUCCUGGCUACCAAGCUGGGAGAAAAUGAACCCGUACUUAAGACAGUCUGUGGUAUUUCAUUAUACUAUCUGGAGCUGACCAACACAGAUCUGAUCCUUCUGGAAGCUUAGGAGUGUGGGAGGAAGUGAAGCGGGCUCCGAGCAGGGCAGGGAGCUCCCAGACAGAGCCAGCAAGGAAAAUGAAGCUCCCAAUCUUCAUAGCAGAUGCAUUCACAACGACAGCUUUCCGGGGCAAUCCUGCUGCCGUGUGCCUCCUGGAGAGCACACUGGAGGAAGACACCCAUCAGCAAAUUGCGAGGGAAAUGAACCUGUCGGAAACGGCUUUCCUCAGGAAACUGCAGCCAACUGACAGCUUCACCCAAAGUUCUCGCUUUGGACUAAGAUGGUUUACACCAGCGAGCGAAGUCCCCUUGUGUGGCCACGCCACGCUGGCCUCUGCGGCUGUGCUGUUUCACAAAAUAAAGAACACGAACAGCACCCUGACCUUUGUCACGAUGAGCAGGGAACUAAAGGCCAGAAGAGCAGAAGACGGGAUUGUACUGGACUUUCCUCUCUACCCGACCUUCCCCCAGGACGUUCAUGAAGUUCAAGACUUGAUAAAGGCAGCCAUAGGUGACACCCUGGUCCAGGACAUCCGGUACUCUCCAGAUACCCGAAAACUCCUGGUCCGGCUCAGCGAUUCUUAUGACAGGUCCUUUCUAGAGAGCCUGAAGGUGAACAUAGAGCCUCUGCCUGGAAUUGAGAAGACAGGGAAAGUCAAAGGCCUCAUCCUCACUCUGAGAGGAGAGCCUGGGGGGCAGACGGCCCCGUAUGACUUCUACUCCAGAUACUUUGCGCCAUGGGUUGGUAUUGCUGAAGACCCGGUAACAGGAUCUGCACACACCGUUCUCAGCAGUUACUGGUCCCAGCAACUCGGGAAGAGAGAGAUGCGAGCCUUUCAGUGUUCCCGCCGAGGAGGGGAGCUGGACAUUUCUCUGCGACCUGAUGGGCGAGUUGACUUGAAGGGCGGAGCUGCUAUUGUCUUGGAGGGCACGCUGACAGCCUAGAGAUGCUUAUGCCGGGCUUGCACACGGUGUCUUCUCUAGAGCCAAGAACCCAAGCCAGAUGAACCCAACAGCAAGUGCACAGAGCUUGGUUCAGCAAGUCUGCCGAGUGGUGCCCUCAGUCCUCUUGGGACCCGAAAGGGGAAGACAUCUAUCUGAUGGAGGUGCGGCAGUGUCUCCAGAAUCCUUUCCCGGUGGUGGGGUCUGGCCUCUGCCUGUGUGUGCAUCUUCAGUCCCCACAGCAGGCUCGGAUGCUGCGCCUUCUUUCGAUUGUGACUGCCAAUCAAAGCGAGAGAGAUGCAUUGAUAAGGAGCCUGAUGAAGCCAUUUCAAUUCAGGCGUGGGUGCCUUAGGGUAUUUCACAGCCUUUUAGAAGAAUAAAUAGCUGUGUAGAAA